AUGUUUCGAAACCUUUUGAAAUUACGUCUUACAGCCGUUGGCAUAUUAGCAGGAUUGCUAAUAAUUUGCUGUAAUUUAGCCAUCAUUCGAGCGGAAGAGGAAAUAGCAGCCACAAAUGUAGCCGCUUUGACACCGGAAGCAUUGGCGGAGGAAGUGCAAGGACAUGAAAAUACUUCGGAGCGUAAAGUGAGGCAAUUUGGUUAUUACCCACCGCCGCCACCACCACCGCCAUUUGGUAGACCAUUUGGCCCAUAUUAUCCACCACCACCACCUCCGCCACCAUAUUUUGGAUAUGGCGGUGGUUUCGGCAGGACCCGUGUAAUAACACGUACCCGUACACGUUAUGUCAAUCGUUAUGGAGGAUUUGGCGGUUUCUAUGGUUAA